CUGCCCGCACCCCCUGCCGGCGGCCUCGAGCGCUCGCUCGUUGAUGCCGUUCUGGGGGUGACCCGGCGCGGCUCCGCGGUGGCGGGGCGCUAGACGACGCCAGCCCAGCCAGCGACGCGGGAGCGGGACAUGCUGGAGCUGCGGCACCGCGGGGGCUGCCCCGGUCCCGGGGGAGCGGGGACACCGCCACCCCGCGAGGGAGAGGCGGCCGGCGGCGACCACGAAACCGAGAGCACCAGCGACAAAGAAACAGAUAUUGACGACAGGUAUGGAGAUCUCGACGCCAGAGGAGAUUCUGAUGUUCCUGAGAUCCCACCAUCCUCAGACAGGACCCCUGAGAUCCUCAAGAAAGCCCUGUCUGGACUGUCUUCAAGAUGGAAGAACUGGUGGAUCCGAGGCAUUCUUACCCUGACCAUGAUCUCCCUGUUUUUCCUGAUCAUCUAUAUGGGGUCCUUCAUGCUGAUGCUCCUGGUUCUGGGCAUCCAAGUGAAAUGCUUCCACGAGAUCAUCACCAUUGGGUACAGAGUCUAUCACUCCUAUGACCUUCCAUGGUUCAGAACACUGAGUUGGUACUUCCUCCUGUGUGUGAACUACUUCUUCUAUGGAGAGACGGUGGCGGAUUACUUUGCUACGUUUGUUCAGAGGGAGGAGCAGCUACAGUUCCUCAUUCGCUACCACAGGUUCAUAUCCUUCGCCCUCUACCUGGCAGGUUUCUGCAUGUUCGUGCUGAGCUUGGUGAAGAAACACUACCGCCUGCAGUUUUACAUGUUCGCAUGGACCCAUGUCACUUUACUGAUAACCGUUACUCAGUCACAUCUUGUCAUCCAAAAUCUGUUUGAAGGCAUGAUAUGGUUCCUUGUUCCAAUAUCAAGCGUCAUCUGCAACGACAUCACUGCUUACCUUUUCGGAUUCUUUUUUGGAAGAACUCCCUUAAUUAAGCUGUCUCCUAAGAAGACCUGGGAAGGGUUCAUUGGCGGUUUCUUCUCCACCGUCAUAUUUGGAUUCAUCGCUGCCUAUGUGCUGUCCAAACACCAGUACUUUGUGUGCCCAGUGGAGUACCGAAGCGAUGUCAACUCUUUCGUGACAGAAUGUGAGCCUUCAGAACUGUUCCGGCUUCAGAGUUACUCCCUCCCUCCAUUCCUAAAGGCAGUGUUGAGAAGGGAAACAGUGAGCUUGUAUCCCUUCCAGAUACAUAGCAUUGCGUUGUCAACGUUUGCAUCGCUGAUUGGCCCAUUUGGAGGCUUCUUCGCCAGCGGAUUCAAAAGAGCUUUUAAGAUCAAGGAUUUUGCAAACACCAUUCCUGGACAUGGAGGGAUAAUGGACAGGUUUGAUUGUCAGUAUCUGAUGGCGACGUUUGUGCAUGUGUACAUCACAAGCUUUAUAAGGGGUCCGAAUCCCAGUAAAGUCCUGCAGCAGCUGUUGGUGCUCCAGCCAGAGCAGCAGUUAAACAUCUACAGAACCUUGAAGACACAUCUCAUCGAGAAAGGAAUCCUGCAGCCCACCUUGAAGGCCUAGCUUCCCUGAGAGGAUGGACUGCCAAGGAGGAACUCUCAGAACAGCUCCGAAGUCUUGCACUGACUGAGCCGGCAUGGGGCUGAAGAGGUGACGGAUGCAGGUUUUGCAGAUGUGAAUGUCUUUCUCUGAAAUUACUGUGAAUAUUUAACAAACUCGUGGUCUAACUGAUGAGUGUGUAGCAGGCGCCUGCCCGUGAGAGAUCCGCUCUUUUCUAAGAUGUUUUCCCAUGUUAACCUCUCUGCCCUCACAUGCUGGAUUCUGCAGUCUAGGAGACUUGUGUUUUAAAGAGUCAAACACUGUAAGUGGAGCCCCUCUUAGGGUUGUGCCUGGUGGUGAGCUCUUUUGCCCAAACUUCGACCUCUGCAUUGGGAAAUGCCUCUCUGUAGCCCCAGGCUUGCUGCAGGCAUCGUGGGGAGCCAGCUCCUGGGGCUUCCUCCUCUUAGAGACUCAAGUAUUUCUGAAGGGCUGAGUUAGAUUAAAAAAGAAAGAAAAAGAAUGAUUGUU